AUGUCAUCAACAGCAGAUCGCGAUAGUGGAUGUUUUACGUGCCAAGUUCAAAUAAAUAACGAAGUUAAUUACCUAAAUUAUCAAAAUGUAAGGAUUUCUGGCCUAGUAGUAGAAUCAGUUGAUUUAGGAUUCAAAAUAGAUGAUGGUACUGGUUUAAUUAAAGUUAUUUAUUCUAAUGAUGAAGAAUAUGAUUUACCAAAAAUUGGCGACUACGUUGAAGUGCUAGGAUAUGUUGUAAAUCAAACUCCUUAUUUCAUUAAAAUGAAAUGUGUCUCAAUAAAAUCAGAUCCAAUGUUCGAAGUUCGACAUAUGCUUGAAAUGGCUUCAAUACAUAAAGAUUUCUUCAAAUUCCAGUUCCUUACAGAUGAUACCUUACUUGCUUCUCAACAAAGUCAGAGCACAGAAAUAUCAAAAUUAUCUCAAACAGUUUUCGAAUUCAUCAAAUCCAAAAACGGCAAUCCAACAACCAAUGAUGAGAUUGUUGAGUUAUGCGGCAAUCAAGAGACUGCUACCCUUGUAAUUGAUGCUUUAUUAACUGAUACAUUAAUUUAUCAGGAUGGACAGAACUAUUAUCAGAUUUGA